GCGCGGCGCGUCUCCCGGUCCCCUGCGUUGGCGGAAGCGCCGCCAGCUAAAUGCGCUCGGCUUGGCCGCUAGCUGCAAGGCCUUCCCGGGGUCAGGGCGGGGCAGGGUAUGGACUCGGUGAGGGAGUGCUGCUUGGGAGGGAAAGAUACGCAUAGAGAUCCCAUAGCACUGUCAUUUAUGGAAUUGUAAUUUCUUAAAAAAUUUUACUGUGAACAACAUACCACUUAGUUAAAAGUGGUAUGACAACCCUUGGUAUUUAAGAAAAAAGUGGUGUGACAACCCUUUUAUUAACCCUUCUGAGUUCAGUGGUGUUUGACUGCUCAUCAGGAACUAUAAGCUUCCAAUCCAUGCUUGCAGUACCUAACGGUCAAUUCCUUGUGGGGAGUUGGCAUGUGUAUACGACACGUCUCCACUCUUUCAGGUCCCCUUCUCCACUCCAUCUCUUGCAAAAGAUCUGUGUCCCGUGAGCAAAAGAUGUGUCUCGUUUCCUGGUACCUUUUAUUUUGCUGUUGGUACUUUGUCUCAAGAGAAAUCAUGUAAUGUUUUUGUGUUGAUUUAUUUCACUAUGGUCCCAAUGGCUGAUUUUGUAUUUAACAUCGAGUCUAAGCAGCCUCCUCCCCUUGAGAGUCUGGGUCUCCCUGUGUUGUUCCUGCUGGUGUCCAACUUCUGGGCUCCAGGGAUCCUCCUGCCUUUGCCUCUCUGGUGCGACGGACUGUUGGAUUGACCUUCCACACGCUCUAGCCCUGUCAGUUUUUCUUCAGUGUACUCCUUCAGUUACCAUUGAGCAUGGAAGAGAAUGAGUUCUUGGAAGAGAAAGCAUUCCAGCAUUGUUGUGCAGAAUUCAUUAAACAUUCACAGCAGAUAGGCGAUGGCUGGGAAUGGAAAACAUCAAAGGACUGUUCUGAUGGCUACAUGUGCAAGACACACUUCCGAGCAACCGCAGCGGCCCAUCCCAGCAUGUCCCCCGAGGGGCAGACCUGGCUUCCCGUGGAGGAGGCCCUAGAGGAACCCUGGGAUGAUUCGGAAGUGACCGAAUACGCGGCAGCAUCCGAAGUGGUUAAAUACGAGUAUCACGUCUUAUAUUCCUGUAGCCACCAAGUUCCCGUACUGUAUUUCAGGGCAAGCUUUUCAGACGGGAGACCUCUCACCCUGCAGGACAUCUGGGACGGAGUCCACGAGUGCUAUAAGACACGGCUGCUGCAGGGGCCUUGGGACACAAUCACCCAGCAGGAGCAUCCGAUCCUGGGACAACCCUUUUUUGUACUUCAUCCUUGCAAGACUGCUGAAUUCAUGACUCCAGUACUAAAGAAUUCCCAGAAAAUCAAUAGGGACAUCAACUACGUCACAUCGUGGCUGAGCAUGGUGGGGCCAGCCGUGGGGCUGAAUGUACCUCUGAGUUACGCCAAGGCCAGCUUUCAGGAUGAAUGAGAUGUCCACUGACAAGGUAAAGAAGAGUGUGGAGGUCAAGGUUUGCCGCUGAGAAGGUCACAGUGUCCCUGUUACCCGGAGAUCCACCCCUACUACGUGGCAAGUGUUCUUAUCAUCGCUGGGCUGAGCUCUGGUUUGUUCUUCAGCCCCCAGCAGUGCCCCCUGGUUACUGAGGAAGCAUUCCACUUGACGGUUCGUUUUAGUACCAGUGUUCUUGAAGUAUUUAUUGCUCAGCUAAGCAUUCGUCUCUCUUGGCUCUUGCUUUGUCCUUGUUCUCAGAUUCUUCUGUUCAGCUCAGUGAUCCUGGCAGGAAGAGCUCCCGGAGCUCACCUGGCCAGCUGGGUUCUCAGGAGACCUGCACUGUGCAUGGUUCUUGCCACCAAUUAUUGGCAUGGGUUGUCCCGUGGAAGAAAACGCCUGCCGUAACUGACAUUCGAUAUAUUAAAUGUUUAGAAGAAACCUAUCAGGGAUACAAAUCAUUACACAGCAAAAACCUACAUCUAAUUCAGUACUUCUGUAAACACAGGCUCCAUCAGGAUACUUAGGGAUCGUGCUUUUCCCGGCCAAUCACUUCACAUUCCUUCUCCAGAUAGGGAAACUGAUGGAGAAAGGUGCCUGUGUUCAUUUUAGUGUAAGAUGUAUGCAGACUGAAAUCCUGGCUUAGCCUGCCCCUGGGUGUGUGCAGUGAGCGGUCCCUGCCUGCAAUCCCAGCUUUUCUGGAGGCUGAGGCAGGAUUGCAGGUUAGUGUCCUACCUGGGCAAUUGCGCAAGAUGACGCUUCAAAAUAGAAAAUAAGAAACAGAGCUGGAGAUGGGGCUCAGUGCGAAGGCCCUGGGUCCAAUCCCAGUACCUGGAGACAGAGAAAGAAUUUACCUGGGCCCGAAAGCUGGUGUGAUAAGCAUGGCCUCACUUUAAUUAUUCUCCCACAGCCAAACUCAGGGACAGUAGGUUAUUUUUAUUUUACUACAAACUAUCAUAUGUGUGUGUACAGAUAAAAAGACACUGAAUAAAGGAAACAUAAACAUUUUGUUAUAUGUGAGAUAAUGUCUUUUUUGGACUAAGUAUGACAUGGUAAUUAAAAAUUUUAAGUGCUUGUAUUCUUUGAUACUGUGAUUUGAGCAACUAUUUCCAAGAUGAUAUUAUGUAAUCUAUUAACAGGUGAUUUCUUACUGUUAUGUUUUUUUUUUUGUAGUUCUGUAUUAUGUGUAACCUUACACUGCUUUGUUUUGUUUUGUGUUUUUCUCUUUAUCCUCUUAAAUAAAAAAAAAAAUUUUAAGUGCUAUAGGAAA